AGACAAUUCACGCCGUCUGUUGACACUCGAUGUGGAGAUUGCUCUACAAACUCGAAGAAGUCACACCUUGGUAUCCAACGUUCCGCCCGGCUCCGGGCUUCCGAAUGUCUGAGGCCAACACAGCGACAAGUCUGCGGCGCUCAACUGACAAUCGGCAAGGAGGACAUUUCCAAGCGGUUUUGGCGGCAAGAGCGUUGCAGUGCCUUCAGUGCUGUAUGACAAGCUAGCCUUUCGCAGGCCCUCAACGAUGACACGAAUAGCGCAUCGUGCGGAAAUUACGGCACGCGAGCACUGUGCGUUCGGAGAGUCAUGGGGAAACCAUUGGCGCAGACUACUACUAGACCAACAGCAAUGUAGGCUCUUUAGAGGUAAGUGCACCCAAAUUUGGAAUUCACCGUCUUCGGUGCAUCUAAGCCAGCAAUGGAGCGAUUCGUCGACCAACAACCAUAAGUACGGGUGGAUUUGGCCACUCCAUUCUUCCGUUCUACUUGUGUUGCCGACCAAUUCACCGAAGCACAGCAUCUUCAAGCUACUGUCUUACCUUCUUCAAUCAAAGCCCCGCGCAAUUGGGAAAGAUCGACAUGAGGCUGCUAUAUGCGGUUGCCAUCGUGUGCAUGUUCAAGCUAGCCCAGGCCGGCAUGACGGUCACUUGGAGCAAGAUUCACUGGCCGUGCGUCGAAUACAAAAAUCCGGGCUCUUCUCAAGAGGCGUCACAACAGUGGUCUACUGAGUGCAAAUCGGCUGCUGGGACUGCCGUUCCUACUUUCACCCCGACGAACACAGCUGGCUCUGCCACAGUCUCAUG